UUUUAGUCAUGGAGCAAUUUCUUUUGCUCAAACUGACUGCACCUCGUCUUCUCCGCCCCAACCUUCCCCUUCACUCCCCAUAUUACCGAAAUCUCACCACUCAUCACAAUUCACCCCCACCAGAACUCCAUUCCCUUGAUCGCAAGUCGCCUACCUCUUAACCUCCAUUAUUUUUCCGAUGGCGUCGAUCGUUCAAUCCCAGUUUGCGGCACUCUCAUUCUCUUCCUCCGUCUCCUCUGCUUCGCCCGUGCGGCGCUACAAUGGUACGGCAUUUUCUACCAGAAUGCGGCGGAAUAGGCUCCCUCCUGUUCAAUCAAAGAUCCGCGAGAUCUUCAUGCCGGCGCUUAGCUCUACCAUGACCGAGGGCAAGAUCGUCUCGUGGAUCAAGUCCGAGGGCGAAGUACUAUCCAAAGGAGAGUCCGUUGUCGUGGUUGAGUCGGAUAAAGCCGAUAUGGACGUGGAGACUUUUUACGGCGGCAUUUUGGCCGCUGUUGUUGUUAACGAGGGAGAGACGGCUCCGGUCGGCGCAACAAUUGGAAUUUUGGCCGAGUCUGAAGAGGAUAUGGCUGAGGCGAAAGCUAAAGCCCUGUCUUUAGAAUCUGGUUCGUCAGCUCCGCCUACUGCUGCAGCUGCUUCAACCAAUUCUGCCCCUCCCAUAGUUGAAGCCACCACCACUCCGCCCCCUAUAGCUGCUUCCGCUUCUCCAGAGGGACCGAGGAGGAUAGUAGCUACACCUUUCGCGAAGAAGGUCGCGAAGCAACACAAAAUUGAUAUCAAUAAAGUACAAGGGACUGGGCCCUACGGCAGGAUAACUGCAGGCGAUGUAGAGAAGGCCGCAGGAAUUGCACCUAAGAAGAGCGCUUCACCUGCAGUGGCUGCCACUCCUGCUCCAACAGCUUCCACCGCUCAAACUACUCCAGUUAGCUAUCCUGAGAUUCCAGGCUCAACUAUAGUUCCUUUUACUGCAAUGCAGGCUGCAGUUUCCAAGAAUAUGAUACAUAGCCUUUCUGUGCCCACAUUCCGUGUAGGAUAUCCCAUAGUCACAGACUCCCUUGAUUCUCUCUAUGAGAAGGUGAUACUUGAUCGGACUUGGUAAAGCGAAAGGGAGUCACUAUGACUGCUUUGUUAGCCAAAGCUGCAGCUUUGGCUUUGGCUCAGCACCCAGUUGUAAAUUCAACUUGCCAAGAUGGGAAGAGUUUUACAUACAAUAGCAAUAUAAAUAUUGCUGUUGCAGUUUCCAUUGAUGGGGGAUUAAUAACUCCUGUUCUUGAGGAUGCCGAUAAGUUGGACCUUUAUCUCUUGUCUCAAAAGUGGAAAGAACUGGUAGACAAGGCUAGGGCUAAAAAACUCCAACCACAUGAGUAUACUACAGGGACUUUCACAUUAUCCAAUCUGGGAAUGUUUGGUGUUGAUAGAUUUGAUGCAAUUCUUCCUCCAGGGCAGGGAGCCAUUAUGGCUGUAGGGGCAUCAAAACCUACUAUUGUUACUGACACUGAUGGAUUUUUUAGCGUGAAAAAGAAGAUGCUGGUAAAUGUCACAGCUGAUCACAGAAUCAUCUAUGGUGCUGACUUGGCUGCAUUCCUUCAAUCAUUUUCAAAGAUCGUUGAGAACCCAGACAGUUUGACAAUGUAGAUGGAGAGCUUUGAGUAUUUUAUGUGGAGGAAAGACUGGUCUGGUCUUGAGUUUUUUUAUAGCAAAUAUCAUGUUACAUUGUAUGUUUUACAUCCAUUAUUACAUUAAUUUUGUAUUGCUUUUUUAGUUGGGUGAGGACAGAAGUUGCCAUUUUUUUCAGUUUUUCAAGGCAAUAAAUAAAGAUUUUUGUUUUGUUCUCGAAUCUCUACCUUUCAAUUUAUAUCUGCACAUCCGAUGAGUAGAUACUAGAUAA